AUGUACCCAGCACGAGCCCUGCGUGUCGUUCUGGAGCCCAACCUCUCCAGUGCCCGGCACACCACCGUCUGCAUCAAGCCCGCCAGUGACUUCCAGGGUGCCAGCAUCUAUGUGGAACGUGCCGGGCAGCUGCAUCUGGUGGCCUGUCCACAGAGGGACAUCAGCCGCCGGAUGGCCAGCUUCCAGUAUGAGCUGCUGAGCAACCAGAGCGCUGCUGGCCCCGACUUCAAAAAGAUGGCACUGGUCGAAGCUAUGUGCCGUCCUUGUGACAACGUGGAACUUCUUAUGGCCAUUUGCAGCAGUGAUUUUGUGGUGAAAGGAUCCAUCCGAAAUGUUUCCCACGAUUCAGAGAACCACAUGUCACAGGUUGACGUCAGCGUCCAGAAAGUCUACAGACAGAAAAACAGAAUUUUCCAGCAGGAUGAAGCAAGUGGUGAAUGGCGAGGCCCUAUACGAACCCUGCUGCAAUGCAAGGUGAAGAAGGGAGGUGGAGAUUUCCUUUUCACUGGAAAUGAACAUUUUGGCGAAGCUUGGUUGGGCUGUGCUCCUCGGUUUAAAGAUUUCAUGUUCGUUUACCGGGCUGCCAGAGAAAGAGGAGCCAACCCAUGUGAGUUUCAGCUCAACUGACAGGAGUGACACUGGAGUCGAGAGCUGAAAAAUUUCAGCGCAGUUUUUGGAUACUGAGUCUGAAGUAGAGUUAAAACCAAGGACUAAAGCUAACAAAUUCACCAAAAUGGGGGCCUGGAGGAUUUCCUGAAGAUAAUGGCUCUGUGAGCCCUGUAAACUCUGACUUUUAAUCCACAUUUGCAUUAGUUUCUUCUUCUUUACAUCUUUGCCUCACAAAAUACUCUGAAUUUUGAAAAGGUUGUCUUUUUUUGUGGUUAGAAAGCAGCUUGUGCUCAGUAUUACAGAAUUCUCUCUAACAUCUUUUGCUCUGUGUACAUGCUAUGUGCUUUCUCUCUAGAUUUUUUUUUUUCUCUCCUCCCCCAUCUCUACUUGAUUUCCCUUCUGA